CUUCGGAUCCGUGUCGGACCGGGUUUCCACCCUUCUACCUCUCCCUCGAUGGUCAGCGCGGGGUCGGCCCGGGACUGUGCAUUUAUGCCCCCUCUCUUCGGCGAGGUGGUUCCUCGCCGUCUGACCUUUGCUCUGCUGCCGCAUUUUAUGCUGUGCAACUGCCCUGCAGUUGCCUUUCCCUUCCUCGGCCUCUGUAGGGCCCGAAAGCCCUUGGGCUCCUUUACCUCCCUGUCCCCGGGCACCUAGCUGUGCCAGACCCCGGGGCCCCCCGGCCGCUCUAGGGCUGUGGUGGGGGCUGAAGGUGCGUUUACAUAACGCCGGGCGUGUGGGAGCUGGAGGAAGAGGUUGCAUGCGUAGGAGAGAUACGGCUCCCGCUUUCCCUCCUUCCUUGGUGGUACCAGCUUGACAUCACCGAGAAGAGAGAAGGAUAGAGACGGGUCCCUAGAAGCCUGUUUCUCGGUGCAGUCCAGGACCUCCAGCCCCAUGGAGCCCCCGAUCCCACAGAGUGUCGUCCCCCUGGCUCCCGGCUCAGUCAUGGUGCAGCCCCUUCUUGACAGCCGCGCGCCGCACAGCCGGCUCCAGCACCCACUCACCAUCCUCCCCAUUGACCAGAUGAAGAUCAGCCACGUGGAGAAUGACUACAUAGACAACCCCGGCCUGGUGCCGCCCGCCGGCCCGAAGCGGCCCCGGGGCGGCGCCGCAGAGCUGGCACCAGUGCCCGCGCGCUGUGAGCAGGACGUGACGCACCACUGGAUCUCCUUCAGCGGGCGCCCCGGCUCCGUGAGCAGCAGCAGUAGCGCUUCCUCCGACCAGCGGCUCCUAGACCACAUGGCGCCGCCGCCCCUGGCCGACCAGGCCUCCCCAAGGGCUGUGCGCGUCCAGCCCAAGGCAGCGCCCUGCAAGGCCCUGGACCUGAAAGGCCCGGCUGUCCCCGCAGAGCUGGACAAGCACUGCUUGCUGUGCGAGGCCUGCGGGAAGUGUAAGUGCAAGGAGUGCGCGUCCCCCCGGACGUUGCCCUCCUGCUGGGUCUGCAACCAGGAGUGCCUGUGCUCGGCGCAGACCCUGGUCAACUACGGCACCUGCAUGUGCCUGGUGCAGGGCAUCUUCUACCACUGCACCAACGAGGACGACGAGGGCUCCUGCGCCGACCACCCCUGCUCCUGCUCCCGCUCAAACUGCUGCGCCCGCUGGUCCAUCAUGGGCGCCCUGUCCCUGGUGCUGCCCUGCCUGCUCUGCUACCUGCCCGCCACCGGCUGCGUGAAGCUGGCCCAGCGUGGCUACGACCGCCUGCGCCGCCCCGGUUGCCGCUGCAAGCACACGAACAGCGUCAUCUGCAAGGCAGCUGCCGGGGACGCCAAGGCCAGCAGACCCGACAAGCCUUUCUGACACUUCGGGUCAAAGGCCCCCUGGGAGCUCCCUGUGGAAACCUGGUUCCCUCUGACAACUGAGAAGACCACAGCGAGGCCAGAGGCUUCAGCCUCCCGAGGCCCACUAGCUCGUCUGCCCGCUCCCCACCUCCAGCUUGGGAAGAAACAGACCACCAUCACCCACCCUCCUUCCCCAAAAGGAUGAAGAAGCACUUUGGGUUUUUCCAAGAGUCCUGGAACUUUGUGUCAAACAGACGGUGGCAAGGGGUGUGGCGUGGCUUGGGGGGAUUUUUCUUUUCCAGAAGACGGAACACAGAUGUGGACCCAUGUCCGCAAGCUGCAGCUGCUUGAAUGCAGCUCCUCCGCCCUCCCCUUCUCCCCGCUCCUCUCCACUCUCUCUGGCUGCCUGGGAGGAACCGUCCACUGGCCAGGGGACCUUUGAAGAGGGCCCUUUGGAGUCUCCACAUCUGUACCUUCAUCUCUUCCCCCCUUCCACCCCAGUUUGCCCCAGCAUCUUGGGGAAGGUGUAGACCCUGGCAAUCCUGUUGUAUAUACUCGGGAACCCCCCCCAAGAACAGGGCGGCCAAUGAAGCCAGGCCUCGUUCUCAGCUUCCCUGGAGCCACUGCACACUGCAUUUCUCCCUUCCUGUUUCGUCACUAACUCUUGGGGGUGUUCCACUCGUAACACCCCCCUUUGGCCCUUACUGAGUCACAGACUCACCUGCCCACUACGGGUCCUGAGUUCUCUCUGCCCGGAUCCUUUCCAGAAACUUGAUGGCUAGAGAGCUGGGGCAGCAAACGCCGAGACCAAAUAUCAUUUUGCCAAUGAGUUUGAGGCUGUGUCUCUGGAUCCUGUCAUUAUGUUUUUAUGGAAUAAUUAAACCAGACGCUAAUGGUGUUUUAAAAAAUAAUAAAACACUCGCUUCCUUUUGGGCCACCCCCAGGAAGGGCUGAUUUCAAAAUCUGGGGGGCAAGAAACCUCAAGGAACGCAGUCCCCUCCCCACCAAGAAGAGGAUUUUAACAGCGACCAAGAGAGGCAGCACCUCCUGUUGGCAGCGGGACUGGAGCCGAGCUGGGCGUGGGUUUCUCUUCCUGUUCUACUGCUUGCUGUCAUCGCCUUUUGUGUGCAGUGAUGCAUCUGUAUCUUUACUGUAAAUAGAAAAAUGAUGAAAAAAGAGUCUAUUUAGUAUUAGGAAGCCCUGGCAGGGGAGUUAGAAGAGGGCCAGGGUGGGCAUUGGGGGGCUUCUUCGAGGGCCCCUGGGGAUUGAGCCCUGCUUCUGCGGGCGCCCCCUUCCGAGAGCCCAAAUACGUAGCAACUCUUUCUCUCAAGGUGCUAAAGGACUCAAAGUGCAGCACGUCCGGUGGGUAGGUACUUGUUGCAUGCAAAAGCUGUAGAGUGUCUGGUCCUUCCUCCCCAGCUGUUGUGCGGGGUUUUGGCUUCGUGUGGUAUUUUGUGUUCCCCCCACCACCACCUCCCACUUAAGAGAAGAAGGGGCCUGGGCUGGAAAAGCUACCCCAGGUGAAAUUAGAGGUGCAUCAGGCAGACCGUUUGCUGCGUUCCCACUUUGUUCUGGAGGAACAGUAGUGCCUCCAGGAAGGAGGCAGGGAGGCUGGUAGCUGUGAUUGGCAUGCACCCAAUGCUUCUCAAGGACCUUUUUUUUUCCUUCUUGAAGAGUAGUAGGAACAUCUUAUGGUUUAGAGUAAGUUAACUGUAACCGUAGGUAUUUAUUGAUUGAGGAAAGGAGGGGAGGGUCUUAUUAUUUUAGGCUUUAUUUAUAUAACAUUUUCUAGCUUGUAAAAGGCGAGUAUGAAAUAUUGCAUCUGCGUUUUCUAAGGCUGAUUCACGUAGCUACCCUUCCCACAGUCGUGAUGGAGGUAUGGAUGUUCUUGCACAAAUCGGAGGGAAAGCUAGAAAAAAACACAUUCAGCCAACCACUUAUUAAUUGAAUGUAUCAGAUAUGUGCUGAAGGGACCAGAGAUGUUUUCUUCAGGAUAGGUGUGCAGAGGUUCCCCCCAAAACAAAAGGGCACGUGUCCACUCUUGGUGGGGCCUCAGAGCCCCUCUCUCAAUGUCUCCAUGGGAAACUUGACCUGGUGGCAAGUUGCACUCGGGUGAUCUUGGUGUUCUACAUGCCCAUUCCGUGGAGAACUGAUUUACAUAAGCUGUGUUAUAUACACACACACCUCUGACUACAUGGACUGACCCUCUAUCUACAGGGGCCCUGUUUCCUGGCAAACAGCCUCCUGAACCCUGACUUUUUGUGUACAUAGUUGUAAACAUGGAUUUUUCUGGGUUUUGGUUUUCUUUCUCUGUUUUCCUCCCCCUGUUCUGGCUUGUUCUUGGUUUGCAUUUAACCUGCUGGACGGAUGUCUGGAGCUCCGGGCCCUUUGCCCAGGGGUGAGGAGGGGAGUGGGGCCGCUUUGGUUCUCCACACUCCCUUCGCGUAGCAAGCCCUCAGCGUGUUUCUCUCAGCUUCUUGGCAAAAAGCAAGGGAACUGGCUUGUCUGUGGACCCUGGGGGCCAGCCAGUCAGGGGUCCCCGAGGGACCAAGCUCUCAGAAACAACACAUUUCUGUGGCUGCUUCUGGCUGAUUGUGUUUCCUGUCCCCAGUGGCUUGCGUGGCUGGAUUAUGCCCUGUCCCGACCUUUCUUGAGAAGAGCCGGCUGGUUCCCACUUCUGUCCCGCCGCAUGGCGGGUGGUGGUGCUGCCUGGAACUAGAGGUUGGGUCCCCAAGCCUGGGUGCAGCACAUGUGUCCAGGGGGCCUUAGCUGCUCCCCUUGUAAGGGUGGGGAUGUGCAAGCCCAACACUCUAGUAGGCACCCUGGGGACUGGGUCUAGGCUAGAGAAGCCCUCCCAGGUAGGUGGCGGGGCACCACCAAGGUUUCUUACAGUCCUUGGCUGGAAGGAGGUGAAGACCACUCCUGGUGUUGAUACAAUCCCCUUCAGUGCUGACAGAGAUGAAGACCUUCAUGGCACAUGGUCUGGUUCAGCAUUUGGAGUCUCAUGGGUCCCCGUGCACAUUGAGUGACACCCAGUUAGCUAAUGACUUGUCCAAGGUGUCACAAUGUGGAGAGUGUUAGUUGGGACCAGCACCCAGAUUUCAUCUCGAAGUUUCUUCUCCUGUGCUGCCCCAGGAGAUGUCCAGUGGCAUGUGGGUGGCACGGCCUUGCGCUGUGCCGUCCACUGGGGCAUCCACACGCCUCAGCGGCUGCAGCUCAUGCCUUCAGUGAGCACUGUCCUGAGAGGGCUGACGACAAAUCUUGCACCGCCAGUUUCCACUGUGGGGUCCUCCCAUGGUGUCUUCUCUUGUUUUCUCUUCUCACUGCCCCACAGUUUGGUUUUCGUGUUGCAAACAGAAGAGCUGUUUUAAGGUUCCCUCCGUACUUCAUUUUCCCUCCUCACUAUAGCCCCUUCUUGUCCCACAACAAAAGUUACACAGAAGGUUUCCUUUGUAUAGAAUAUUUAUUUUGAAGCUCUAUUUUAAUAGUAUUUAUUUUAGAAAGUCUACUAUUGUAAGAGUUCUUCUGUUUGUGAAGAAAAAAACAAGUUAAAAACUGAAUGUACUGAUCUAGAAAAUAUAUAUAAAUAUAUAUUGUUAAAUAUA